UACUUUUUCUGCUAUCUGUCUUGUGCGUGAGUGUCUGGGGGCAGCGCUGAUCUGCUAGAAGUUGAGACGCUCUUAACGCAGACGCGCAGCGAGAUUAGCUGACAUUCAUCCGCUCGCUGCACCAGACUGGACUCCAACACUUCACCUGCGAGGAGAGAGGAAGACAAGGUGUUCAGAUCUCUUAUAGCCUGCUACAGAAGAGCGAUGGAUUCGCGGAGAAUCGCAGCUUUGCUCCUUGCUGCCUGCUUCAGCGCGUCUGCUUCAGACCAGUUCGAAACGGAGUGUUAUACAGCAAAUGGAGAGGACUACAGAGGUCGACAGAACCAGACAAGCCUGGAAGGAGGAAGACCGUGCCUUUUCUGGAAUGAGACUUUCCAGCAUCCAUACAACACCAUCAAAUACCCCAAUGGAGAAGGAGGCCUCGGACCACACAACUUCUGCAGGAACCCAGAUGGAGAUGUUCGGCCCUGGUGUUAUAUCGCAGAUCUCGAGGACGGAAUCUACUGGAAAUACUGUGAUAUUCCCACCUGCCAGAUGCCUGGUAACCUGGGCUGUUUUAAGGACAGCGGUGAUCCAACACCUCUUUCUGGAGGCUACCAAACCUCCAACAAACUCACCAUUCAGAACUGCAUCAGCUUCUGCCGCAACCAAAGAUACAAGCUUGCCGGUAUGGAAUCAGGCUAUGCUUGUUUCUGUGGCAACGACAUUGAUUAUCAUCGACACGGUGAUGCUCCGAGCACCGAGUGUAACCAUGUGUGUUUUGGAGAUCACACUCAGCCAUGUGGAGGCGAUGGACGUGUCAUAGUCUUCGACACAAAAGUAGGCGCUUGUGGGGGAAACUUCACAUCGCCCUCCGCAGUGAUCUACUCUCCUGAUUUCCCGGACAAAUACAAACCUGGCAGGGUCUGCUACUGGACCAUUCAGGUUCCAGGUGCUUCCGUCAUUCUGUUCAACUUUACUUUCUUUAAUAUCGUGGAUCAGACUGAUAUGGUGGAGCUGUUGGAUGGCUACUCCAAUCAGGUUUUGGCACGAUUUGAUGGCCGCAAUCCACCGCGGGACAUCGUGAACAUCACUGCAGACUUCGUCAUUUUGUAUUUUUACUCAGACAUGACAAAUGAGGCGCAAGGAUUUUCUGUUCUUUAUCAUGCUUUUAGAAAACAAGCCGGCACACCUCUGGAGGAGGAUGAUGAUGGUGAUGAAGAGGACGCCAGUACAGUGCAGCCGCAUAUGAGAAGCACUACAGCAAAAUCAAAUACCAGUCAGAAAGGAAAAUCCUCCCUCCGGUACUAUGUGAUCACAUCAAGUCCAGCAGACAUGCCAGGUCAGUGGCAUGAACCGGGCCGGACCGCGGACCACAGCACCAUGUGGACCAUCUACGCAUUAGCUGCUCUGCUAACGCUAACAGUCAUAGCCAUGGUGGCUAAGCUGCUCCUGCAUCUUACUGUAAAAUCCCCGUCCAUCCCGUCAAUCAGCGGGUCGGAUUCGUGCGCGCAGAGCACCACGUCUGAACCCUGGAUCAUCUUCUACAGACCCUCCACCAUCUCUCUGUUUAAGAAGAAACUCAAGAACCAUCAUGGAGACCUCAGCCCUCUCGUGGGGAACUAACCUCACCGGCUCUGACCUCGACGGCUGCUUUAGUCUCUAAACGAUGCACACACUGUACGCAAUGCUGGGCCUCUGCUGCUGGAUCCAUGUCUAAUUCACUUCAGCGCAGGGCCCAGCUUACACGUGCCGAUCGGUUGUUGGUAAGAAACUGCGCAAAAAGAGCGUACUCUCAAUCUGCAUCUUAACCAAUCACAAAUCACGUGACAGGUGCACAUAUGCACCGAGCGAUUUUAAUAAGCAAAAGAGCGCUGGGAUGCUUCUGUUGCCACGGACCGAAACGAACAAGUGCUGUAAAAUGGAUAGAUGUUUCUCGAGGUGCUUUCACAGAAGCGAUCAGCCGAUAAGCGUCUGCAUUGGAGCGCACUGAAAGACUAAACCACUUACGUUACCAAAAUAACCCCACGGUACCCCACCAGCCCCUGUGGAGGUUUUGCUCGCUUUUUAACCUCUGAUGUAGGUCACCUGUUGCUGAGGAGCACAGAGCUCCUUUCUUCAGAUGUAAGAGAGCUGGCUGAAGGAUUGAUGUCACAGUCAUGUCCAGAGCUAUUCGGACUCAGCAUUGAAAUCACUAACGUUAAACCAGCUGACAUCUCUGUGGACCUCGCUUUCGUCUCUUGUCGUUUGUGUUGGGUUUUGAUCUUUCUGCGUUGCCUUUAAGUGCCUUCAGGACUAAAAGAAACAUUUUUAAGCUGUCUUCUAAGCUGUCACAAUGUUUUGAUGAUGUUAACAAGCAUUGAUCCUUCAGAGCAAAUGAGAAUUAGCACUAAGGAUGUGUUUUUUUUCUUCUUGGGGAUUCUCGAGAUAAAUGUAGUCGUGUGGGUGUCAUGGGGAUAUUAUUCCUGUCAGGUUUUGGACUUGAGCAAGGGAAGCAUUGUGAUGAAUGUUGUGUAAUUCUGUGUGGGAACAAUCGAACGUCAUCCCCUUUCAUUUCACUCUCCAACGGAGGCAGUGGUGAAAUUCUUCCAAAACAAUUUGCUCUUUCUCCCCCUUCACCACAGCUUGAGCUUUCACAUUCUGAAGCACUUUUCCAGCCGGCAGAAAACCAUGCGGAUCACUGCACUGCUAGCUGUGAGGACUGAGGACGCUUCCAAAACUGGUUAAAAAGGAUAGUUGGCCCAAAAAUGAACAUUUUGUCAGCAUUUACUCGCCCUUGUGUCGUUCCAAACCUGACUUUCUUGGAACGCAAAAUAAGGUGUUUUGAAGAAUGGUUUACUUCAUCCAAAAAAAAGAACACUGUGCCUCAUUCAUGGAAUAUUUGUGUGUGUGUGUGUGUGUGUGUGUGUGUGUGUGUGUGUUUAAUACGUUCAUAAAACCACGCAUUCCCAAAAGUGUUUGUAUUUUCAAAAUAUUCAUUAGUAUGAAAAAAACCCACUCCCAACCAUGCAUAAAAAGCUAACAUUAGUUUCCAGUUUAUUAUCGAUCAUUCUGAGAACCAGUAGUGUUUGUCCACAAGCUGAAGAUGUUUACUGAAUAACUUAUUUUUAAAUUAUAAAAAUAACAUUUAUUCAAUUAAAAAUGAAAAAAGUUCAAACAUAAGUACAUCAUAACUUUUUCUAAAUUUCAUUGGUUCACUGAUAGGUACGAUCUCUUUCCGCUGUCUAUGGUUUUUACCUGAACACACAUUGACUUUUGUAGAAAUUUUAAGUUACACUUUAUUGAAAGAUGCAUUAUAUAUAAUGCAUUAUAAAGGGUUAUUAAAGAGUAUAAUGCAUUAUAAUUAUCCAUAAUGUGUCAAAAAAUUAUCAGAACUGAUUUUAAAAUGCAUAGUCUAACAAUUAAUUGAUAAGUGUUAUAAUGUAUUAACUGUGGUUAGAAUUAUUCAUGAGAUUGUACCAUGCAUUACAAGGCAUAAUUAAUGCAUUAAAACUACUUUUAUAAUGCAUUCUACAUAAAGGCUUUACGUAUCACAUUUUAAUGACAUAUUUGUAUAAUACAAAGGUAGAGCUGUAGUUAUUAGUCUCUUAUUGGCCUGAUUAACCAAGCUCUCCAUAAAACAAACAAACAAACAAACAAAAAAGUUCUGAAAAUGAAUAAAAUAAGUAUUAUACAGAUGCUUCAUUUUUGGUUUGUAAAUGCUUUUUUCCAUGUUUGAGCUGAGGUUUUGCUACCUUUACAUCUUUCUGACCAGCAGGUGUCACCAGAUCUUGGUGUUUCGAGCACAAAGUGAAUCAUUUAGAUUUUUCCACCAUCACUAAUUGAAACACGUUUUUACUAUUGAUCUGAGGUUUACAGUGCAUUCCUGAAUUCUUGUGAAUGUCCAUUUUACAUGCACAUUACUCUGAAUUUGCAUUGAUAUUUAUGAAUGUUUCAUGAAUGAGGCGCACUGUACCCAAAACACCUUCAUUGUAUGAACAAAAAGUGAGUAAAUGAUGACAGAAUUUUUUUUUUUUCAACUAUCCUGAGUGUCACAACAUGUAGCUUGCAGUUCACAGCUCUUGCACAGCCAUCAGUCACAGGUCAGCAUUUUUAUAUUUAGUUCUGUGUAGUACUUCAUGUAAGUUUUAGUAAUAUUGUAAAAGGCCAGGUGAUCAGCAUUGCCAUGUUUGUGGGUACGUCAAUAACGCCACACUUACUGUCAAAAACGAUUUAAGUCACUACAUUAUGCACUUUAUUACUGAAGUACUUAUCCUGUGUGAUGUUUUAUGCACAACCAAAAGCAUUUUUUAUAUCUCAGAUCGCAUCUUUUGAAAAUCAGUUUAUUGUAUAACACAACAAAUCUGUAAAAAAAGCCACCCAUCCAAUUCAAGCGCAAAGAUUUGUUUUUUCCUCAAUUUAAAUGUAUUUGUCUGACCUGAUGCUGUGUUUUGGUUUGCAGUCUGUUAAUUAUUGCAUACUUCGUCAUACCCUUAGCUCUGCAGUGCCCGCGGCUGCCCAUGCAUACUAAAGUGUCACACAAAAAGAGAGAUAAACCCAAAGUGACAGGUUAAAUCUAACAAGGUCAUAUUCGUCUGGAAAGGCUGGUGAAUAAUGCAGAAACCUGAUGUCCAUUUAGAUCGCAAAGCACUUAUACCAGUGGAAAAAAAAGUGUCAUAUCACAACGACGGUGGGCUUUCCUUCUGAGAAACCAAGAUCGGAAUCCCUCCAGUUUUGGGAAAGGGUGCUUCCAGGGAUUAUACAAAAAGAUGUUGUUUUCAUUUAAUUGUAAAUAAAAUAGUGAGAAUUUUAAUUUAUGCCAUAAAUUAUUGUUAUUUUGGAUGUAAAAUGGGAUAUAAUCUAUCUUUUGUAUAAGUACCUUUGUAGUUUUUAUUUAAUGUGUCCUGAGUGCAAAAAUAAAUAUGCAUGUUUCUUA